CUUUCACACAGCACAGUCAGACUGGAAGGAAUUUUUACCCCAAUUUUUCUCCUCUCUGUGGCUUAUUUUGGGACUCAGAAAGGAUUCCGUGCUGCCACCUGUUACCUAUCAUCAAUCCAUCAGAGUGCAAGCCAUGUAGUCAGCCCUGUGGCCAGCCUCCUGCUCCCAGUGGGAAAGGAUCUUCCUCCUCACUGUCCCCUUCCUCAAUUGCUGAGGAUGUCUUCUUUGUUAAUACCAGUGACUACCAGGAUGCGUGUUCAGUAGUCAGUGACUACCACUGCGUGGAGGACCUGCUGGGCCUCAGCUCUUCUCUCAGAGACUCUCAGUACUUCAAAGACUUGGAGGGAGGGAUACCGGCCCCACAGUCUACUGCAUCCACAGUAACCAGAGACCCAGAGAGCAAAACCCUAACUGUUGACCUACAGUUCUCUGUAAACAGAGACACUCCUGCCAUCAACCUACCUGUACAGACUUCUCUGACCACACUCUCUCCUCAGGUAACGACGCAUUCACUGCCCUACUAUAUACAGCCAGCGGAGGAACGUCAUCGCAGCUUUGUGGUCACUGAGCUUAGUCCUAAAUUAUUGCCAGGUUGUAUCAUUGACAGUGGUGACUCCUCAGGCCCUGCAGUGGGGCUUAGUUUGACAAUAAAUCUGAAUGGACUUUUGGGAACAGUGGAAACAGCAAAAGGAUUAAUAGGAUCAGAGGAAGUAAAGAUGGAAAACACAAUGGAUUUUGACGGAGAUCCAGAUGAGGACAGCUUUCCUAUCCUGGUCAGAUCCAUGUCAACGUCUCGAAGGCACAGUUGGGGUGUCCCUGUGUCCCCCAUUACCCUGGGGAGGAGACUGAGUCUGGAUACCAUGGCCAUGGAUAGCGACGGAGAGAGAGAGGAUGAUGAGGAGAGACAGAACAGUGUCUUCCAGCCCACCCAGCAGCAGACCUACAGCUGCACAGCCUUUCCUCAGGAGGAGACUGAUGGUCCCAGGCUGAGGGUCCCCUGUCCCAGGUCCAGGGUCACUAGCAUGGCCAGUGGUGCGCCUGGCCGACAUCUGUAUUCCCGCUCAGACAUCCUCGCCACAGACGAAUGUUCCCGUGCGGCGCACGUUUCUCGUGUUGUACAGACAUCCAAACAGGCCGCAAGGGCAGCAGGAGCAGAGGAGUUUGAACGUGAAGAAAACCUACAUUCUACUGAGGGGCAGAGCCAUAUGCUGAUGGUACAGAAAGUUCUGCAGGAGCUAAAGCUGUACCAUGGAGCAAAGCAGAGGAACAGCAGAUCAGAUGCCAGAGAUUCAGGAAAUGUCACUUGGUAUGAGUUCCUUUCUAACGAGAAUGAGGAAGAGGAGGAUCGUACAGAGAAAGUGGAGAAAGGCACCAAGGUGAAGAGGACUCUUAGCUCUUUGAGGAACAGGAUGACUGGCUCCUUCAAUAAAGAUAAGGGUAAGAACCGAGAAAAAGAGCAGCAGAAAGAGAGGGGGAAGGAGAAGGAGAGGGAAGCCAAAGAGAAAGCAUGUGGCAGCAGCACCAGCGGCUGGCACCAUUUGGUGCCAGGCGCUUUUUCCAGCUGUGCCACCUGCUCAUUGUGCGGCAAGACUCUGCAGAAAAAGCAUGGCCUGCAGUGCAUGAAUUGUGCUGUGAACGUUCACAAGAGCUGCAAGUCUCUGCUUGGUGAGUGCACCAGCAGCAAGAAUAAGAGAGAUUCUCUACCAAAGAACCGCUCAUCAGGAUCUCUUAACCUUGCGCUAAAAGACCGAGACAGAGAGAGGGAUCAGGCGGGCCCAGCCUCAUCACAGACCCUGGAUGGCCACCCAGGUUUUCUCAGCGCCCCAGGCAUGACCAUUUGUCAGUGGGGACCUAACACUCAGCUGACUGCCACCCAUACCAUCAGCUCCACUGCAGCCCCUGCCUCCAGCCUUGGCCACAGCCUCCGUCACCACAACAGCUCAGGAUCCCUCCCUGGGGAGAUGGAUGAGACAGAUGCUCUCCGCUCCAAACGCUGCAAUGAAGACGCCAUUUCCCUCGCACCCUCCACCACCGAGUCCAUCAUCGUAGAAGAUGCUCACUAUGCAGCAGUGCGGGCUGAUCUGGAGUCUGAUGCCCAGGACCUGGAGGCAGAGUCAUGGAGUUUGACAGUUGACCAGCAGUAUGUUAAAAGGCACACUAAAGAAAUGGUGAAGAGACAGGACGUGAUAUAUGAGCUGAUGCAGACAGAGAUGCACCACGUGCGAACACUGAAGAUAAUGCUGCGUGUCUACGUUCGAGAGCUGAAGGAGAACCUCCAGAUGGACUCGGGCAGGCUGGACUGUCUGUUCCCCCGCUUGGAAAACCUUCUGGAGCUUCACACACAUUUCCUGUCUUGUCUUAAAGAGCGGCGGCGAGAAAACCUUGUCUCGUCCAAUGACAGGAACUACACUAUAAACAGAGUGGCAGACAUUCUAAUCACACAGUUCUCAGGUGAAAUAGGAGAGAGGAUGAAGGACAGCUAUGGAGAUUUCUGCAGUCACCACACUGAGGCUGUCAGCUACUACAAAGAACAGCUGCAAAACAACAAAAAGUUCCAAAACAUCAUACGGAAAAUCAACAACCUGUCCAUUGUGCGGAGGUUAGGAGUGACCGAAUGUAUUCUAUUGGUGACACAGCGCAUUACCAAGUACCCAGUGCUCGUGGAGCGCAUCCUGCACAACACUGAAGCGGGAACAGAGGAGCACGAGGAUCUGACUCAGGCUCUGGGUCGGAUUAAAGACACCAUCAUUCAGGUGGACACGCUGGUCAAUCUCUUCGAAAAGACAUCUCGACUCAGAGACAUACACAACAAGAUGGAGCCAAAGGCACUGGGAAAAAUCAAGGGUGGCCGAGUGUUUCGCAGGGAGGACCUGGCUCCGGGCAGGAGACGGCUGCUUCAUGAGGGCACAGUCAACUGGAAAGCUGCUUCCGGCAGGCUCAAAGAUAUUCUUGCAGUGCUUCUGUCAGAUGUGUUGCUUUUGUUACAAGAGAAGGACCAGAGAUAUGUAUUUGCUACAGUGGAUAACAAGCCGUCAGUGAUUUCUCUUCAGAAGCUGAUAGUCAGGGAAGUGGCCCAUGAGGAGAGAGCCAUGUUUCUUAUCUGUGCCUCCUCCAAUGAGCCAGAGAUGUACGAGAUCCACACCACCUCCAAGGAGGAGCGAAACACUUGGAUGACAAACAUACGGCAAGCUGUUGAGAGCUGUCCUCAUACAGAGGAGAGGCUAUUCAGCGAGGAGGAAGAGGCACGAGCUUCCAGGUUCAAAGAGUUUCAAGAGCGGCUGAGCCAGAAGGAUGCAGUAAUCAUGCAGGCUCUUACCGAGAAGCUGCAGCUGUUUGCGGACAUGGCAGAGUCUGUCGCAGGUCUAGAGGACACAGCUUCACGUUCUAGACUUCUGCUUCGAGGAGAUGCCUCAGACCUCCAGCAGGGGGAGGCCCUGCUCAAAGGAGCUAUCACUGAGGUGGAGAAUCUCCAGAACUUGCUGCAGUCCGGAGUGAGGGACGAGGCUCCAACCUGUCAAGUGGAGGAAGGAGGUGGUUCAGGGGUUCUGCCAAGGCGAGCAGAUACCUUUGGGGGCUAUGACAGCAGCCCCACCAUCCUCAGUAAGAAUGCCAGUGUGAAGAAGAAAUCUUCUGGCGAGUCCAGAAACAGAGACAGAAGCCAGAGAGCCAGCUCCGACCCCCAGCUUAAAGACCUCUGUGGCAGCCACACCCUGGAGAAAACGGUUGAUGAGAGCUCCUGCUCUCCUGCCAGAUGGAACCGCAUCUGGUCUAACUCCUUCCCCGAGGCUGAGUUCUUUGACAGAGUGUUGAUGCUCUCCCAAAGGCUCUACAGUCUGCAGGCCAUCAUAUCACAGCAGGACAGUCACAUCGAGCUGCAGCGGGUCUCUUUGACAGAGCGAGCAUCCCUGCCCGGUCGCCACCGAGGGAACGUGCUCCUGGAGCAGGAAAAGCAGCGGACUCUGGCCCUGCAGAGAGAAGAGCUGGCCAGCUUCCACAAACUGCAGUCUCAGCACCGGCAGGAGCAGCAGCGCUGGGAGAAGGAGAGGGAGAGGCACCGCCAGCAAGUUGAGACUACUGAGGCCAGGCUCCGACAAAGGGAGGAGGAGUGCAGGUGGCUGGAGGAACAUCUGGCAAAAGAGAGGGAGGAGCUGGACAGGCAGAGAGAGACGUACCAGCAGGACUUGGAGAGACUGAGAGAGUCCACCAGAGCUGUGGAGAAAGAAAAGGAACGCCUGGAACACCAGAAGAAGAUCAAGAGGAAGACCAUUGAGGUGGCUCCUCUGUCUGGCAGUCUGAACGGGGAGCUCCUCAUGUCCUCUGGCCUAACCAGCUCCACCAGCAUCUCCGACCUGCCCCUGCCUCCGAAGCCCCUGGUGCGCGCCAGCCUGUCCGUAGCACCAGCUGACUAUCCAGAACGCCCUGAAUUGAUGUUGCGGCGGGAGACGGGCUCUUCCACCCUGCCGCUGAAGACAGAAGUGCCGCUCCAUCUCUUCAGCACCACCAACCAGCAGCACAAACUGGUCGGGGUGCAGCAGCAGAUCCCCACCAAGCUGGCCGCCUUCAGCAGCGGCAAAGGGAAAGGAAGCAAGAGUGUCAAAGCUUCGCAUCGCACUGACAGCACGGCCUCAGUGGAUAUGAAGCAGAUGCUGCCGCUGAAGCUGUCUGCUGGCCGAGACGAAAAUGCCCUCAAGGCCAAGCGCUCCAUCAGCCCCCACCAGCAGCUCUCGCUGUCAUCCCUGCAUCACCAUGCAGAUCAACUCAGUCCUCCAGACAGCGCUGGACCAGACAGCCAAACCAGCUCUUCCAUCAGCACCUCCCACCCUCCAAAUGUUCAGAAGCCCCCCAUACCCCUUGCACAGUCCCAUCCUCAGCCCUCCAUACAGCCUCCCAGCGUGCCUCCCCACUCACAGAGCACCGGAUUUCUCCAGUUCCAGUCCCACGUGCAGCCGCAGGGCCUCAGUCUGAAUGCGCAGGCCCAUGUCCAGGUAAAUCACGGGCGCAGCCACAGCCCCAGCAUGCCGCCAACAUACAAGAUCUCCACAGAAGACCUCAACAAGGAGGACGUCAUCUUUUUCUAAAUUCCAGACCUCUGCCCUCAGAUCAAGCACUGAUCACAAAAACAAAAAAAGAAAACAAUUAUGGGAUGGUUACUUAUCCCCAAUCUACCACAAGGUCCGUUUUAAGGAGCCACUUAGAUGCGAUAGUGUGACGUUGACUGUAUGUUCAGUGCGGGCAGGUGUGUUGUUAUUGACUGUUAAGGUCAGGUAGUGUAAAUAUCUGUACAAAGCUGCAGCAGUCUAUUGCAGAGAGCAGAGCCUUUGUCAGAGCUACAGUGACUCGCAUAGAGAGGAAAAAAUCCCAACAUUUUAUUCGAAAAAGAGGACUUGCUUUUAAACGGUUUCUUUUUUUAUUAAAUUUUUAGUUUUUUUCUUUGUCUUUUUUUAAACAGUAAGUACGAAGAAGGAAACUUUGCCAAAACAAAGGCUUCUUGUAACACGUAUGAAAAUGUUUAAAUGAAGUUAUAACAAUUCAAAGACAUUAGCUGCAACAGCUGAAGGUAAUUUGACUGAAAGGAACAAAUAAAAGCAAAACGGUUGGGUGCAUUUCAGGAGACUCCGGUCAGGCUGGUUUGUGAAGCAUGUAUGAAGUAAGAGGUGCAGCAAUGGAGCCCCGGCCUUAACCAUCUGCUUCUAAUGGACCUGGAACCACAAGAAAUGAUUCAACAGGAACUCAGAAGAACUCUUAAGACAUGAACACUCUCUGCUCGAUGUUUCAUUUGCACAGUGUAAAUACUCCAUUCCAGACUUAUGAAUGAACUUUUCCGGACGAAAUGUAUGUUGUUUGGUUGUACACUUGUGAAGGUUCAUUUAAUUUAGUUUUUUCUUGUUCUCCUUAAUCGUGCUUAUUGCAGAAGGCUAACAUUGUUGAUUAAAGCUUUAGUGUUGCCGGUGGUUGUGAAACCUAACUUGGAUUUGGUCAGCAGGCAAUUUUUUUUUUCCACACUCUUGUGUAAUAAUGCUUAAUUUCAAUUAAGGGAGAGUUUGGCUUCUGGCAAGUUGUACUGUUUUUCCAGCACAUGCAGAGUGAGAAAAACUCAGGGAUGCCUUUCCUGUGUCUCUGUAUAAUAUUUGAAUUAAUAUCUGUAUAGGCUACUCUAGGUCUGUUCCUGCAUCUCAUACCAGUAGCUCUCCUCAAAAACACUGAGGGUUAAUCAUUGAUCAUUUGUACUUAACCUAGCAUUUCUAAACAGCAUUUUCACAAAUUGCCUCUUUGUUUCUGCAACUAUUGCUGUUGGUCAGCUGUCUGAUAAAAGGUCACUUUUUAAUACAGAAAUUUGCGACAGAUUUAUGGAAAUUUGAGUAUGUACUUUAUUUAAAUUAGCCUUCAACCUUUAAAAUUUAAAGUUAAAUGUUCCAGACUUGUAUCUGAGCUGAUAUUUCUCCCGUUAGACACCCAAGAAAUGAGCUAAACUUGGCUAAAUUUGGCACCAUUCAGUAUACCUUGUAGACAUCAAAAAGGCCUCAACGAGUUUGUCUCACCCUGGGUUACAAUUCCGAAAAAACUCCCUUUAAGUGACCCUUCUUUUAGAAACGUAUUUUUUUUGGCAUUUUAGUGGAGCUGUAGUGUAUUCGACGAUUCAUGACAUUUCAUGCUGUAUGAUGUUUUAUGGGUAAAAUUGACUUUGAACUGCUUCAUGUUUCUGGUCAGUGGCAAAGAGGCGAGAAAAUGGGGUAAUAGGCCUAAAAGCGCACAUAAAUAAUAAUCACAACAAUUACAUUUUAGUUGAUAUGCCCUGAAAAUAUUGAAAUCCACCAUCAUACUAAUAGAAAAUAAAACUUCACAAUUUUGCACUAGUUGCUCCAGUAGAGUAAAGGCUUGCUUGUGUUAUUCCUAAAUGUAAACAGCUAAGAUUAUACAGGUCAGUCAGACAAUGACAGCAAGGCCUAAAAGUUUAUAAUGGAGCAGAGUUUUAUAUCCCUCAGUCUUGUUGUUCUAAAAUGGCUUCUGUAUACAUGUACAGAGUCUUCUAGAGAAUCACAGGACAACCAUAAAAGCUAGGAGUGUACAGUGAUGAAGCAUUUUAAAGUUAAUAACUCCCCUGCUCAAUCAUCUUUGGCCCUAAUUUUUCACCCAAGUCAGGAAAUGGAAAGUUAAUGUGAUUCUUAAGUGUUUUUUUUUUUUCUUUUUUCUUUUUUGAAAGCUUUUGUCUCUGAAGAUCAUUUUGCUGAGUUGACAGUGUGUAAAAUUGUCAGACCGGAUUAAUUUUAGCUAAUCCGUCAAAUCUCUGCGAUAAAUAUGACAACGUCAGUUUUCAUUGAGGCCCUCAGGUCUCAUUGACAGUGUGUUUUAUUGAUUGCUGAUGACAUUUCAUUAGCUGGGUCUUAAAUCUCUGUGCCUAGAAAAACGGUACUGUGACGGGUGCAGUGGUGCUGCAGGACUAUCGGCUGUUGUCCAAGAUUUCAAUGUUUAUCUUUCUUCACAGGUGAAAUAUGGCGAUGUCCAUCCCAUUUUUUUUUUUUCCCCCCUCUUUAUGUACGUGAGAUUCCUAUAAAUCCUGAAGCAGUUGACACAUUAAUGUGUCAUGUGGCUCUGGAGGGGAAAAUAUCAGGAGAGCCUUUUGUCUUUGUAUAAAUAAGAUUCUCUCUGAAGGUGUGAUCACUAGCUGGAGUUUAAACAAGUUUACUGAGUGUUGAUGUAUAUUAUGUAUAUAAGUGUACAUACAGUACCUGAUCUCUUCUGCACCAGCUGCCCCCCUCCUACACAUUCUUGUAUUAGAAACAGAUAUUUGACAUGAAUCAAAAUGCAAAAGUCAGCCAAAAGUCUGUUUGUGCAUAUGUGUAUAUAACCUUAAAAUACACACAUGGGUGUGUAUGUACAAUACGGUACGCCUUGCUUGGAUAAACUCGUGGCAGUUUAUGAAACCACCAUCAGUCAUUGCUGUUGUAUAAAUCAACUACAAUUGAAGGUGUGUAUAUUUAAUCUCCUGAUGUGUGCUGAUGUUGUAGCUUUGAAGUCGGGGUGCACUGUGUGUUGUCUUUGUCCAGCGUAUCAUGAGUGAUGUUUCACCAGGAUUAUGUAGCAGUCAAAAAACUAAACCAUCUCCUUGUUUCAGUUGGUUAAACCAAAGAGACAUUCGGCUGACUGGGCUCCUUUCUGUGCUUGUGUAUGAAGGAAAAAAUGACACUGUUCUGGUUGGAUGGUUGUCCACAAAGUGUUAUUACUUGUAAAGAACAUCCUCCAGGGAGUGUCCACAGCAAGUGUGUUUGCAGCACAUUGUAGUCCAGUUCAUAUCCUGCUUCAGGUCUAAUUUUUGGAUUUCCUGUUUCUUUUGCAGCCUCAUAUCCAGAUCACAAAUGUCUCUUUAUACAAAGGUGGACGUAAUGUUUUGAGAUGGUCUUGAAACUACUCAAACAAUAAACUAUAAUGGAAACAAUCAAUCAAAUAGGUACACCAGUAUACUGGCUUAGAGUGGCACAUCCUAUGUCUGAUUUAUUUAUUUUUUUCCUCCAUGAUCAGUAUAUGAGCUCACCUAACACUUGAUCAUCACAACGAACCAUGGGCUGUUAAUGUUCAUGUGAACGUACUUUUGGUGGUUUUCACUGGGUGGAACCCUAUAAAAAGAGACUUUCCAGACUUUGACAAAACAAUCCCAAAUAAAGGCCCCCUUACUAGCUUUGUUCACCAGAGCUUUCAACCAUUUUACCAGGUCUUCAGCCAGUGCUUAAAAACUUAAAAGGCAACAUGAGCGAAAAGUCUUAAAAGGGCUAUUGAUACCAUCAUGACAGCAUAUAGCUUGCAUGUCAUGAAAACUGAGCAAACUCCAUCCACAGAUAAAGACCAUAUGAUUCGGUUAAAAAUUCUAGAGAAAGCCAGUGAGUCAACCUUGAGUUGGGGUUGUUUUUUUAAAGAGUUCAAGAAUUAACUUUUAUUUCCAUGUUUGUCCAUUUUCCUGUAUUUCCAUGUCUCUCUUUAAUUCUGAAUGAGAGAUGUUAGACAGCAGGAAAACUGGGCUGAGAGCACUUAAAUUGUGCUCCAGGUACGAGAGUUUUAUCUGUGGACUAAUGGACCUCGACAGGAGAGGUGGAUGCAGCCUGUCGGUGUCACCGUUUGGAUCAACUCAAGUCUUAAGUGUUGUUUUGCUGUACUGAACUGCUUAACCUUUUUGCUCUGUUUUAAAACUUCAAAGCCAGUCAGUCACAUCACUGUGUGUGUGUCUGUGUCUGCAUGUCUGUGUGUGUAUCUCUCUGUGUUUGUGCGCAUGCUCGCUACCAAAAACACAGCGGAAACAUUUCUAACCGAGUUGUUUUCGGUCAUGUUUUUUAUAUCCACACACACUCGUACACACACAUUGGACCUGUAACAUGUAAAUAAUCAUGAACAUAUUUUAUUUCCUCAGCCAAUUUUACACUAGUCACUUUGGAUAGUAGAAUACUUGAAGGGGAAAAUGAAUGUUUAUAAUGCUUAUUAUUAUUGUCUGUCGAGUUUCAUUUACCAAGAGCUGUCUAAUGACAUUUGUAGCACAUAGCAAAACUGAUUUUUGUAUUGUUUUAUUUUAUUCACUGCAAGAUGUUAGAACGACCUGUGGACACAUACUGAUGCC